AUGAGAAUGAAGGCCUCUUUCCUCUUUUUCUUGAAGGGGGGGGGGCGCGAGAAAGCCAGUGAGCAGGUUCCAGCCCCCUCAUCUCCGCCGGCGGUGCGCGCCUUGCCACUGCCAAGCCAGGGAGGAGGAGCGAGGCGGAAAGGCUAUAAAGCGCCGGUCAAGGCGCGGGAACGCUCAGGACGGGAAAUGGAGUCGUUGCACCGCGCCGUCGGGCUCCUGGCCAUCGCAGCCGGCGCUCUCUUGCUGGCGGCCCACUUCUACAGCUGGGCAGGGCCCACCCCGACCCCGCUGAUUCCCGGCACUGCCCUGGGGGCCUUGCUGCUCGUUUUGUCGCUUCUUCUGGCAUAUGCAGGGGUACGGAAGAGCCGCCAGAACGCCUCCUUGUUUGUGUCGCUCUGCCUGACAGUUUCAGUUCUGUGGUGCGGCUAUGGAGUGAUCCAGAUCCUGGCUGGGCAAGGGGUCCUCCCCAGCACUGCUGACCUGCGUAAUGCAGCCGUGCCUGGACUGGUAGCCUUCAGUCUGGGGCUGUUCCUCAUUGGCCUGGUGGGCUUCCUCCAGAAAGAGGUCCCCCUUGCCAUGAUAGCAUCUGCCAUUUCUCUGGCCUGCGCCCACGAAAUUGCAGCCUUUUAUGAUGCUGACUUUGGCUCUUCUGCUGUGGCCUGCAAUUACAUGGUUGUCUGCUUUAUUGGGGGCUACAUUGGGUUGGGGAAGUGCCUCUUUUUUCUGAGCCAAGAGAAAAUUGCCCUGCCUGGCACAGACCUGCCCAAGAAAGAAGCCAGCAAGAGGCAGGGCCCAGGUGGUGGCACAGGCUCCAAUGAUUUGACUGCAUUUGGUUUGAUCCUGAACAUGCUCUCAGCCAGCGUCUUGGGCUGCAGGCUCCUGGGGGUGACUGACAAUCUCUUUGUGGGGCAGGUCCCCUGGCUCUGGGCAGGCGGAAUCUACCAGUUUGGCACCUCCAUCUUCUCCUAUCGUUCCCUUGAUGCACUUGCUGCCACUUUUUUGGGCUUCACCUCCAUCCUGAAGUUUGGGGAAGGCUAUUCCCUCUUGAUCUUGCGUUGGGUGCCUGAGGAGCCCAGCUUCCCCAUUCCAUUCUCAGUGGCAUUUGCUGUUCUCUUUACCAUUUUGGCCCUUUUCAUUGCCAUUGACAGCCUGGUUGAUGGCCUCUAUCUGCUGUUCUAUGUGGCUUUGUGCAUUGCGCUUGCCUGCAGUCCACGAGGCUUUUUGGAAGGGGGCCCUCAGGGUGUGGCAGUGGCCAUUUUUGUGGCCUCCACUCUUCUGACACUUCUUCACCUGUACAAUGGGAAUGCAAGAGUUAAAAUGCUGAGGGGGGAGGGAGUUUUCAAGACUUUGCUCUCACACCUCCAUGUUUGCAAGCUCUGGGAGGGGAACAACCUUCACGCUCCCUAUCUGGGUUACUCCAAAUAUGCUGAUGCUGAAGUCCUGGGCUAUGCAUGCAGUGCACUUGCUUCUUUUGCCAUCACAGUGGCUGCAGAGCCCAACUCCCCACUCACUACAAUAGUCCUUCCUUGGGUGGUGGUUGCAGGAGGGCUCUUGAAGCUUCUGUGUGGUUCUGUGGCUUUCUCCCGUGGCAGGACUUUAGAAAGCACUGCUUUCAUUGUCUAUGGGUUUAUGUGGAUUAUCUGGGGCACCGCCAGGUAUGGGGGGCUGUAUGGUGCUGCACGGGGGUUCCAGGUAGCUGUGGGCAUUGUCUCGCUCAUGCUUUUCAAUGCCUUCCUUGUCCUUUGCACCCUUUUCCUGAGCAUCUCCUGGUUCAUUUACUCCCUCUGCUUUGAGCUCAUACUCAUCAGCUUCCUGUUGGAUGCGGUUGGUGCCACUUCCACUGGCUAUGAUAUUGCUGUCACCAUCAUUUUUGGCUUGGUCAGCUUCUACUGCUUUCUGAGUGCCUUGGUCAACCACACUUUUGAGAGUCCUCAGCUCCCCCUGGGACGUCCCAUUGUGAGACUCAGUGGCUUCGGGGGAGGAAGCACCAAAUGUCUUCAUCUGCCAGCCAGGAGAGCAUCUUCAGUAAAGCAAGUUGCAGAGAUAAUGAAGAAAGGGGGCAUGUGUGGGAUCCCCACAGACACAGUAUACGUUCUUGCAGCAGCCUGUUGUCAACCUGAUGCUGUGGAGAAAGCUUACAACACAAAGCACCAGGCUCAGGACCGUCCCAUGUCGCUCUGGAUUUCCAGUUUAAAACAGCUGGAAUCGGCCAAGCAUCUGUUCAGCCCUGUCCUCUGGGAUUUCAUGGAUGCUGCAUGGCCAUCACCUAUCAGCUUGGUGAUUCCAAGAGGUGAAUGGGUGGACUACCUGGGCAUGAAAGACUCUGCUAAAUAUGUUGGUACCCCUCAGAGCAUAGCUAUUCGCAUUCCGGAUUGCUCGGUCACUACCCAUCUGAUUGACUUGGUUGGCCCAAUUGCUGUCACAUCCGCCAAUCCUACAGGAGAAGCAGACACCACUCACCACAACCAGGUGUAUGCCAAGCUAGGAGACAAGGUGGAUGCGGUUCUUUGUGAUGGACCUUCUCCAGAGAACAUAGCCUCCACUGUGGUGGACUGCACCAGGAUUGAAAGUGGGCACCUUGCAUUCUUUAGAGUCGGCCUUGUCCCCAAAUCCCAGGUAUUACAGAUUCUGGAGCAGGUCCAAAGAAGACACCAACCAGGCCACACCAAUAACUCCCUGGCCAUGGAAGGCAAGGAAGAGCAGCAGUCCCUGUGCAGAGCCUUCCUCUGCAAUGAUGCUCACGUUCAGCAAAGCUCACCAACAUCAUAUACCAACAAAGCAUUCUGUACUGACGUAGGAGAUGCAUCUCCAUGAGCAAAGCUAAUCCAGGUGUUAAAAUGAGUUUUUCCUCAAACUGGGCCCCAAAGCCCAUUUUGUUCAUUGAAGAAAGGGCUUCAGUCCAACUGCACUUUGAAUGUAGCCUUCUGAAGUCAGGUGGCUGUUGCCCCAGUGACUACAGCGCUUUUCUUUCAGCUGUCUGGCCCAGCACAUGGGGAAACAAACAUCUGUCAACCAGGACAGUGUCAUGGCCUGGACAUAGAAGCUGGACAGCUUCUCCAGGGCUUUCUUUUCAGCCUCAGUUCUCCAUCUGUAAAUAGCAUUAUUGACUCACCUGGCAGAGCUCUUGUGACAUCAUGUGAAACAUGUCCUUAAUAAUAUCAUAACGAUAUUUAAAUAUUAAUGAACUGUAUAGUUGGGCUUGGUUGCAUUCCAAAACUGUUGUCCUUUUCUUAUAACUUUUUAAAACACAGUUAAAUAUUUCUUAUAUACAAGACUCUAAAUUAUUUUGUGCUCUUUUUUAAAAAAAAAAUAAACAAAACAAAACCCUGUUAAA